AUGAGUGCGCGCGUGCUGGCGACGCUGGCGCUGGCGCUGGCGGCGGCGCGCGGCGCGGCGGGCGGGUGCGGCGUGGCCGAGUUCGCGUGCCGCAGCGGCGAGUGCGUGCGGCUGGACGCGUACUGCGACGAGACGGCGCAGUGCGCGGACGGCAGCGACGAGCCGCCGCACUGCACCGUGUGCAACCGCACCUACUACGGCCGCGCCGGCGUGGCGUACGCGGUGGGCGUGCGCCGCGCGCCGCGCGCCCCGUUCCUGUGCCACCUGACGUUCACGGCGGGCGGCGGCGCGCACGGCGACCUCGUGCAGCUCGCGUUCGACCAGUUCCGCGUGGGCCGCUACGAGCCGGGCGCGCUGGACGGCUGCCCGGACGGCUACAUGCAGCUCUCGGAGCUGGGCCGGCCCUUCACCGGCGGCUCGUGGUGCGGCGAGUCGGACGGCGCCGCGCUCUACUACAGCGAGACGGCCACCGUCACCGUCUCCGUCAAGCUGUUCCGCGCGCGGCUCGGCGAGCCGUUCGGGUUUCAGUUGCGAUAUAAGUUUCUGGCGCAGAGGGAUGCCGUAGUCAGAUUCGGGGCGAUGGAGGCGCCCAUAGAGCGCGGCGCGGUGUCCCCGGGCACUUACUGCACGCGAACUUACGAGGAGUGCCAUCGGAAGCCUUGUCGCCUCCAGAGUCCCAAUUAUCCCGGCAUGUACCCGAGAAACGUCACCUGUUACUGGAGUUUGCGACAAAAGGAUAUACCGACAUGUAAACAUGCCAUGAUCUCGGUUCGUCAGGAGUACUCGCAUAAAAUGCAAAUAAAACGCUCCAUAUCUAUGGCUAGUCUAAACAAAACGGGUCGCGUGGUGCGCGCGUGGCGCGAGUGCACGGGCGAGCGCGACCGGCUGAUCUUCUACGACGGCGCGUCCACCGACGACCCCGUGCUGGUGGAGUACUGCGGCGGGGACUGGCUGCCGCGCGUCACCUCGCGCGGGCCCGAGAUGCUCGUCGCCUUCCAUUCCUCGCCCUUCAGCGCUCCGCUGAGGCCGGCCGUGCCGGCGGCGCCGCUUCGCGGUUUCGAAUUAGAUGUCGACGUGGUGUUUGCGGAUUCCGAUUCACUCGACUACGCAAGGGAAGCACGUCGCUGCGAGUUUCAUGUGAAGGCAUCUUCGUCCGAGGAAGAGACAAACUCGACGCUCGCAGCCGGCGGCCGUGGCAGACGAGGACGCUUGCGAGCGCCCGCUCAUACGUUACCUCCUAACACUACGUGUACAUGGACCUUUCACGGACGUCCGGGGGACCUAGUAUGGAUUUACUUCUCCAGCUUUACACAUUAUUCGUUAGUUGAACCUCGUCGAAUUGAAAGUGGAGAACGAGACGAAGAAAAUGGUAAUGGCCCAUCGAUAGCACGGACACUGCCACCCCCGACGGCGGGGCGCGAGGGCCGCGAAGGGAGUGGUGUUUGUGCCGUGGAGUUGCGAAUCUGGGACGGUGGAGGAGCAGGAGAAGCUGGUGCCUUACUAUUAGGGCAUUAUUGUGAUGCGGCACCGGCUUUGUGCGCUCGUGCUGCGCUCGCCAAUGCUACGAGGUCACCACGGCCCUGCGCACCACCUGACGGAUACGUAUCAGCCGCGCCGCUGCUAUCCUUGGCGGCUACUUCUUUACCAGGGACAGCUACACAUCCCCUUGCGUUUGCACUUCAUUAUGAGUUCAUAGAUGCACGGCUGGAGGGAAUUCCAUUUCCGGAUGAUGGAAGGCGAACCCGUGCUGUUCCAAUUGAAUGUGCACGUAUACUAAACACUCCGGGUUCUUUCGCUUCACCACGCAACGCACUUUGGUUUGGACGUGGAGGAGCGCGGACGUUGCGCUGUAUAUAUAGACUACAAGCAUCAAGCGGUCGAAUCGUGCUCGAUCUAACUGCGGCCACUUUUGGUCGCGAACCACUGUGUUCUACGAGGGCUGAUACACUCACCGGACGAUCGACAUGUGUUCUGGAUUCAGUAGAACCACGAUUGGAGGAUUCGGAUUUACCUGAAAAUGAGCUCAGUGAUAUAGAUGAUGAUAUGGAAGUCCCACUUCGUAUUCCACAUCUUCGAGUAUAUGAGUCGCCGUGGCCAGGUUACAGGGUUCCAAUAGCAUGUGUCUGCGAUAAUAGCAGUACACCUUUACGACUGGAAUCAGCAGGAGGAGCGCUGGAAAUAGAGUUGGUGGCGAGAUCGUUGUUACCGGCUGAAGACCACAGACACAUACAGUUCCGGGGUAAUUGGUCUCGAGUUUCUGGACAUUCUCCACCGUGCGCUGCGCGGCGACGAUUGCCACCACCCGGACAGAGAGUUCACUUAGUUUACCCAUAUACAGAAAACAGGAUGUCUGAGUGCGGGGAGACUCCGUUCCUGCUGGCAGCCCGCGGCAAUCGUUCCGUUUUCCUGCGGGUGUGGGGCGACGAAAUGCCAGUUACGGUGCCCAACUCGGACCCACCCCCGUGUCAUACUUCAAAUCGUAUUCUUGUCUACGAAGCUCAUAGUUCUAGGCUGGUGCGCGCGGUGUGCCCGGGCGGCGCGGAGGCGCGCACGGUGCAGGUGUUCACGGAGGAGUGGUGGGGGCGGGCGGGCGGCGCGCGGGGCGCGGCGCUGCUGGUGGUGUGGGCGGCGCGCGAGCCGGGCCGCGCCGCCUUCGCCUGGAUGGAGGUGUGGCGCGCCGGGCCGGCGCCGCGCGCGCCCGCCGACGGCGCCGCCGCCCUCAACGCCACCGCGCACUGCGCGCACGCGUGCGCCGCGCUCGGCGCCUGCAUGGCGGCGGCGCUGUGGUGCGACGGCGAGCCCGACUGCCCGGGCGGCGGCGACGAGGCGGGCGCGUGCGGCGCGGGCGCGCGGCUGCUGGCGGCGCUGGCGGCGCCGGCGGCGGCGGGCGCGGCGGCCGGCGCGGCGGCGGCGGCGGCGCUGCUGGCGCUGCUGUGCGCGGCGGCGCGGCGGCGGCGGCGCGCGCGCCAGGACAAGCGCCUGCUGGGCGCGCUGGGCGCCGGCCGCCGCCUCACCGAGGAGCUGCUGUACGACGCGUCGCGCGCCUCCUCCGCGGCCUCCUCCUGACGCCGCGAGCGCUCCGUCGAGUACAUCCACGUGGACCGCGAGACCACGGUGUGACGGAGCGCCGGGACUUCCCCUCUCGCGUACUCGUGCGCGGCGCGCGCGUGUGUAUAUACGUAUAUAUAUAUGACGGCUCUGUGACAUAUGACGCGGCGCGGUGGUGAACCGCGGCGGCGCGGC